AUGCCCCGUACUAACGUGAGUUCCUCGUCUUCCUCGUCGGAUUCUUCCGAUAGCUCUUCCGACAGUUCAUCGUCUUUUUCCCCCGAGCAAUUGUUUAAUUACUCUCGGACAGACAAGAAGCAAAAAAAGAAGGACAAAGAGAAGAAGCCUCGGAAAGAAGGUGUUCGUGAGAUGAAGAAACGGAAGAAAGAAGAGCUAGCGAACAUCUCCCGCGAGAUCUAUGAGAUGUUUGUGAAGCGCACAUUGAUUUCUGGUGGUAUGACAGAAAGUGAAGCUAUGCUCAAAAUAGAGAAGAAGUGGAAGAAGGCUGGGAGUGAAGUGAAAAAGACUUUUGAGCAGUUAGCCUUUAUCGAGUGUUCACUUAUAGGUGACUUGGCUGUGAUGAAAAAAAAGCGAAAAGCCGACACGUCACGUCGUAAAGAAGAGUGGCACCCUUAUCUUCUCUUUUGCAAAAUGAAUCGAGAGUCUUUAAGUACCGAAGGUAUCUCCGGGUCCACUGUGAUGAAGAAAUUGUCCGACACAUGGAAGACUCUUCCUGAGACUGAAAAGGCAAAGUAUUGUGAAAUGGCCAAAGAGAAUAAGAAAAGGGACUUAGAAUUGGAAGGGAAUAAAUCAAAUGUUGUUGGGAAGACGAUUAAUAUCGCAACAAAAAUACCCGGUGGAACUGAUGAUGAAGUUCAAAUAGUACCGCAGAGUGUUAACCAAAGCACUAGUAUAAAACCAAUCGACCGAAUAGAAGAAGUCGGGAUGGAAAAUAAUCCAAUGGAAAUACUGAUGGAUGGGUUUACCAUUGAGAAAGUCCCAGUGCCGUCCAACUUCAUCACUGAGAUAAGUAUCGACGACAAAAAUGGAGAAAAAGCAGCAAAGAAGUCUGUUGUUAAGAAGAUCAAAUAA